AUAUAUAUAUGGAAACAUAAUAAUAUAAUAUAAUGAAUAAAACCAAUAAUGCUUGCAAUAUAUAUAAUACUCAUUCCUUUUGUUUCGGUUUAAAGAGACAGCUUUUGUUCUCUUCUCUUCUCUUCUCCAAACUUCAAACCCACCACCACCACCACCACUACAAACUCACUCACUCUCAAGUAAGUCUCAACAACUUCUCCCUCUUUCCCCUCUUCUCCCUAAUCUGCGCUAUGAGCUGUGACAGCAACAACGGCGGCAGCGGCAGCAGCUCCAGCAGCUGGUUGGGCUUUUCCCUCUCCCCACACAUGAAAAUGGACGCCGACAACAACAACCACCAACACUACCACCACACCGCCGCCCUCUACCUCUCCGGCAACAACCCCUCCCCCGGAAUCUCUUACGACGGCGGCGGCUUCCACCAUCACUCUCCUUUGACCGUCAUGCCCCUCAAGUCCGACGGCUCCCUCUGCAUUAUGGAAGCUCUCUCUAGAUCACAACCACCUUCCCAAGGCAUGGCUCCCCCACAGAGCUCCUCUUCCUCCUCCUCCCCCAAACUCGAGGACUUCCUCGGCGGCGGACACUACGCCGCCGGCGAAGGCGGCCACCACCACGGCGGAGCGGACGACAGGAACGCAUUCCCCUUAAGCCUCGACUCCUUCUACUUCAACCACCAGCCUACGGCGGAGGAGGGGAACAUUCACCGUCAACAACAGCAACACUUGGACCACCAGCAGCAGCAAUACCACCAGUUUCAGACCCAAACGCUGUCGUAUUACCCUGGAAUCCAGUGGCUUCAGCAGGCCCCACCAUCUCCCAAUGCCGACAAGAAUAAUAAUCAUCAUCAUCUCUCCGCCGCGGAUUCCCAUUCUCACCUCCCGCCCACGGCCGCCGGCGAAAUCGACGGCGCCGGCACUGAUGAGAUCCCGACCCUCCGCAACUGCUGGGUCUCCCGCUACAUCGAUUCCAAUCACCACCAGAUCGGCGGCGGAGGCUACGUGGAUGAAGCAGCUGCUGCGGCCGCGGGCUGCGGUGGAGAGUUACAGUCGCUGACUUUGUCGAUGAGUCCUGGUUCCAAGUCCAGCUCCAUUCCUUCUCCCAAUAACAACAACAAUGGGAGUGCCGUGGUGUCUGAACAUUGUAUGGGUGGGAUGGAGAGCAAGAAGCGAGCGCUGCCGGAGAAAUCCGGCCAGAAGCAGACAGUUCACCGGAAGUCCAUCGACACUUUCGGCCAGCGGACUUCCCAGUACCGUGGGGUCACUAGACAUCGCUGGACCGGUCGGUAUGAAGCGCAUCUAUGGGACAAUAGUUGCAAGAAAGAAGGACAGACCAGGAAAGGGAGGCAAGUGUAUCUGGGGGGUUAUGAUAUGGAAGAGAAAGCAGCUAGAGCUUAUGAUCUUGCAGCACUCAAGUACUGGGGACCUUCUACCCACAUUAACUUUCCGCUGGAGAAUUACAGAGCAGAGCUUGAAGAGAUGAAGAACAUGAGCCGCCAGGAAUAUGUUGCCCAUCUGAGAAGGAAAAGCAGUGGUUUUUCAAGAGGGGCCUCAAUGUAUAGAGGAGUGACAAGGCAUCAUCAGCAUGGUAGAUGGCAAGCACGAAUAGGCAGAGUUGCAGGAAACAAGGACCUUUAUCUUGGCACCUUCAGCACCCAAGAAGAAGCAGCCGAGGCAUACGACAUUGCUGCAAUCAAGUUCCGUGGCGUCAAUGCGGUGACCAACUUCGACAUAACUCGAUACGACGUCGAGAAGAUCAUGGCUAGCAACACACUCCUCGCCGGAGAGCUUGCAAGGAGAAACAAAGAGCCAGUAGUACCUCAGCCCAUCACUUCUGAAGUUGCUGCCAUUGGCUACUUAACAACAACUAACCCUGAGAGCACCAGAACCACCACCACCACCACCAAUAACACAUCGCCACCAAGCAACAACAACAUAAACAACGGCAAUGGGAAUGGACAAGGUAGCAGUCUCUCCGACUGGAACUCGGUGUUUUACGGCACCAACAAUUCGGCAUCAUCUUCCCCCUAUAUGUUGCAUGACCUCAUUGGGGUCGAGUCUCUGAGUUCAGGCCAUGCAGUGGAGGAUUCCUUGUCAGCCAAGCUAGGAGCACAUUCACACUCGUCCAACCCUUCAUCUCUGGUGACUAGCUUGAGCAGCUCAAGGGAAGGUAGCCCUGAUAAGGUGAACAACAACAACAACAACAACAACACCACGGCAGCAGCUAAUACAAUGUUGUUUGCUAAGCCGCCACUUGCAUCCAAGUUCAUCAGCCCUGCCGCUGCGGGGACUGCCACGAUUCCUGCUUGGUUCCAGGCCACCAAUAACCAGAUGAGGGAGUCCAUCUCCAUGGCUCACUUGCCUGUUUUCGCUGCCUGGAACGAUGCAUAGGAGUGUUGAGUUCGUUGCAUGAGCUUUUGGAAAAGUUGGAGGGCAGAGGGGAAAUGAUUAGUUGUGGUUAGUGAGAGGAGAUUUGGCGGGAAAGGGUUUAAGAAAAAGGUGGGAAGUAGGAUUUUCCUUUAGUAAUUUGUUUUCAACCUUUCAAUAGGGUGGUUAGUGGAGAAAAAUUGAGGGGGGACUAAUGGUAGGGGCAGUAAGGUUCAGUUGUUAUCUGUCUGUAACCCAAGUAUAAGAAAACCUUUGUUGAUUCUAACUUUUGGCUUCAUGUUUUCUUUUCUAGAGAAAGAUGGAGGGAACAAAUUUGUUGAGAAAUAUGUUAAAAUAUGAUGAAGGAGGGGUCUAUUAUUAAUUAGUGAAAUUCUGUAGUUGGAUUUGAUGUAUGGCAACCAUGGAAAACUAACGGGGGCCUUUUAUAUGUGCGGAUAAGUAAUUGUUCUAAUGAUUUACAUCUUUGCCCAUGCAAUGUUUUGGCUAAGGUGGUUUAGGAUUGUUUGUUUUGUGGAUUUGGUGAGACAUUUAUGUCUCAUUCAAUUUAUUAUGGAUUUAUCAGUCUUUUGUUUGUUUGGUAAUUUUUUUCUAUAAAAUUUGUAGGGUAUA